ACGACCAGCACGGGAAUCUGUAGAGGCGAAAGAUAAAAUAAUGGUGCAGAGGAUGAGUUCGGAAGUAACUGGAAAACAGCAAAAGUACACCAGGAUUAGGCCAAGAGAAUUCGUCUCAUUCGAAUUUGAUGAAAUAACUUUCGACAACAUAGUAGAAGCUUGCCAGAAGCACUUUGCUUCCCAGAUCGAUAAAGAUAGGUUUGCGACAUCUUAGCUGGUGAACGUGGGCCUUCUUGUAAGAAGAUGUGCCAAAUUCCAGACCACAAAGUAUUCUAUGUACGUUUUAUAAAAAGGUCAGAUGGCGAAGUAUCAAAUGAUCAGGAUGAGGAAGAGCACGGGCAAGAGACGCAUAAGACCAAAAAAACAAGGUUUGAUGAAAAUCCAAGGAAAAAGGCUGUGUCAGAACCAAGCCCUUAAAAAGUUUGCUCAAGUAAAUUUUACCCCAAGAGAUAUAUCCAGGAUAUGCUAAAACCAGGGAAAGUCAUCUCCAAGAAAAGUUCCACUGUCAUUAGCAUCUAUAAGUUUGAUUUUGAACACAUGCAAUGGUCCAAUGUACCAGUGGAGGCAGAAUUCUUGGUAGCUGAGAUACCAUUUACUUCUGGUGGAUUCCGAGAAGCUUUCAAGGCCACUAGCAUAACAGAUGGACUCAAAGAAGUGACAUGGGUCAUCAAGAAGUACCUCAAGAGUGCCUUGGAAAUAAUUAAAGCAACACAAGAAACUGAAGAAAGUCACAUGAAGAAGUCAGUCCAAAUGCAUUAUUUGGCCCGCAAUUUUGCAUCACAACUGAAGGAACAAAUUGAAAAAGAGCACCUGAUGGAGUUUGGCCCAACAUUUGAAUAUAAAAAGGUAUUCAUGGGCAAGACAGACAGUGGGGAAAUUGUUUCAAUUGAAGAGUACAUUGACAGUGAUUUUAUUAAGUACAUAAACAAUAACGGUCAAGUAUGUGAAAAGGGUACAGUUUGUGACAAGGCACAGGCCUUUGUCCACUUUACUUAUGAGAAAUCUGAGGGUAAGCUUAUUGUUCUUGACAUUCAGGGUGCUGGGUACACAUUGUAUGACCCAGAAAUUGCAUCAUUGGAUUUGCUAACUGAGGAUGGUACAUACCAGUUCUGUCCUGGGAAUUUGUCUGAAAUAGCCAUCAAGAAAUUUUUUGAGAAACACCAGUGCAAGAAAUAUUGCAAACUUUUAGGACUUAAGUUAGUACCAUCAGAGGUUAAAAUAACAUGGAAGGAUAUAUGAAGGACAACUAUGUACACGAAACAUGAAUAUAUGAAGGAUAAGUUAUUAACUGUUACUGUUGUUGUCUAACAUUGAUUUAAUUUUUGAAAUUGUAAUCUUGCUUUUAGUACUUAUUUACUCUGAGUGUACAGCCAACUCUGAUUUUCACAUUACCUCCUGUUAUUACCAUGUUAAGUUAUUGACUUUAAUGUUGCUGAUAAGAAAAUGAGAGGGUUAUUCUGAACAAAAGUUUUCUAAUAAUUUGAAUAGUGUUUCAGUUUUAUAUUAAAUAAGAAAUUUGACUGGAUUAUUGCUUAUUUCAAAAUGAGAGACAUAUUUGGAACAAGGGUUCUAUAAAAGUAGGUGAUAUGUUAUAUACAUCAAAAUUGUUAAAGUUGUUGCAUUCCACAAUAGUUUUCAGAAAUUUACUAAUAAACCAUAUGGAUAACAUGUUCCAAUUUAAUUACACUGAAAGUGUGAAGUUCUGUUUUAAAUAUAUAUAU